AGUCAGAGUCGACGGUGGCGGCGGCGGCGGCGACGGCUGCCGCGGCAGUGGCGACGGCCGCGGGGACUCGGAGCUGAGAGGAGCUGCUGCUCGGACCAGCGCGGUUAUAUUUCACACUAUGUGCUGACUGUAUCUACAGAAGAUAUUUAAAAAAAAAAAAAAAACUUUUUUCAAAGAUUUUGAUUCCAGUGGAAUCUUUGCUUUAGAUUAUUUUCUCUGUGUGUGUGUGUGUUAGUGAAUUGUAACUCCAGUAACAAUGCCUGUACAAGCUCCACAGUGGACGGAUUUCCUCUCCUGCCCAAUUUGCACUCAGACUUUCGAUGAAACAAUUCGAAAGCCCAUCAGUUUGGGUUGUGGCCAUACUGUCUGCAAGAUGUGCCUGAAUAAACUCCACCGCAAGGCUUGCCCAUUUGACCAGACCACUAUCAAUACAGACAUUGAGCUCCUCCCCGUGAACUCAGCAUUGCUGCAGCUGGUGGGUGCUCAGGUCCCUGAGCAGCAACCCAUUACUUUGUGUAGUGGGGUUGAAGAUACAAAGCAUUAUGAGGAAGCCAAGAAAUGUGUAGAAGAAUUAGCAUUGUACCUGAAACCACUCAGCAGUGCUAGAGGAGUGGGUCUGAAUAGCACUACUCAGAGUGUUCUGAGUCGCCCAAUGCAGAGGAAGCUGGUGACUCUGGUCCACUGCCAACUAGUGGAAGAAGAAGGCAGGAUUCGUGCUAUGAGAGCAGCCCGAUCUUUAGGUGAACGAACAGUUACAGAGCUCAUUCUUCAGCACCAGAAUCCUCAGCAACUCUCCUCUAAUCUUUGGGCAGCAGUCAGGGCUAGGGGCUGCCAGUUCCUUGGACCGGCAAUGCAGGAGGAAGCUCUAAAGCUGGUUCUCCUGGCCUUGGAAGAUGGUUCUGCUCUGUCAAGGAAAGUCUUGGUUCUCUUUGUGGUGCAAAGGUUGGAGCCGCGGUUUCCUCAGGCCUCUAAAACUAGCAUUGGGCAUGUUGUUCAGCUCCUUUAUAGAGCUUCCUGCUUCAAGGUCACCAAGCGUGAUGAAGACUCUUCUUUGAUGCAACUAAAGGAAGAAUUUAGAACCUACGAAGCUCUGCGGCGAGAACAUGACUCCCAGAUAGUGCAAAUUGCUAUGGAAGCAGGCUUACGAAUUGCACCAGACCAAUGGUCCUCUUUACUUUAUGGAGACCAGACUCACAAGUCUCAUAUGCAGUCAAUUAUUGACAAGUUGCAGACCCCAGCCUCUUUUGCACAAAGUGUUCAGGAACUAACAAUUGCUCUCCAGCGAACUGGAGAUCCAGCAAAUUUGAACCGACUAAGACCCCAUUUGGAGCUAUUGGCAAACAUUGACCCUAGUCCAGAUGCUCCUCCUCCUACUUGGGAGCAGCUAGAAAAUGGGCUGGUUGCUGUGCGGACUGUGGUACAUGGGCUAGUAGACUAUAUCCAGAACCAUAGCAAAAAGGGAGCAGAUCAACAGCAGCCUCCACAGCAUAGCAAAUAUAAAACAUACAUGUGUCGAGAUAUGAAACAGAGAGGAGGAUGCCCUCGUGGGGCCAGCUGUACAUUUGCACACUCACAGGAGGAACUGGAGAAGUUUCGUAAAAUGAAUAAACGCCUAGUUCCCAGAAGACCCCUGAGUGCCUCUUUGGGUCAACUUAAUGAGGUGGGCCUGCCUUCAGCAGCUGUCCUUCCAGAUGAAGGUGCAGUGGAUCUGCCUAGUAGAAAAACCCCUGCUCUGCCAAAUGGAAUUGUAUCAGCAGGGAGUACAGUAACACAGCUGAUUCCACGAGGGACAGAUGCCACCUAUGAUUCUAGUCUGAAGCCAGGAAAGAUAGAUCAUCUGAGCAGUAGCGCCCCUGGAUCUCCUCCUGACCUGCUAGAAUCUGUCCCUAAGAGUAUUUCUGCCUUACCUGUGAAUCCACAUCCUGUACCUCCAAGGGGGCCGACAGAUUUGCCUCCGAUGCCUGUCACCAAACCACUUCAGAUGGUACCACGAGGUUCUCAGUUAUACCCAGCACAGCAGGCGGAGGUUUAUUACCAGGACCCUCGAGGAGCUGCUCCACCGUUUGAACCAGCACCGUAUCAGCAGGGUAUGUACUAUACUACACCACCACAGUGUGUGUCUCGCUUUGUUAGACCUCCACCAUCUGCUCCUGAACCUGGUCCUCCCUACUUGGAUCAUUAUCCACCCUAUCUCCAAGAUCGUGUAGUCAACUCUCAGUAUGGCACACAGCCACAACAGUACCCACCUAUGUACCCACCACACUAUGACGGCCGCCGAAUGUACCCUGCUCAGUCUUACACAAGAGAGGAGAUUUUCCGAGAAAGUCCUAUACCCAUUGAGGUUCCACCUGCAGCAGUACCAUCCUAUGUACCAGAAUCCAGAGAAAGAUACCAACAGAUGGAGGGUUACUAUCCAGUGGCUCCUCAUCCAACUCAGAUCAGACCUUCGUACAGAGACUCUCCUUAUAGCCGGCUUCCUCCUCCUCCUCCUCAGCCCCAUCCUAGUCUAGAUGAGUUACAUCGAAGACGGAAGGAAAUAAUGGCCCAGCUAGAGGAAAGGAAGGUCAUCUCUCCACCUCCUUUUGCACCUUCGCCAACAUUGCCUCCUACCUUUCAUCAAGAGGAAUUUCUGGAUGAAGACUUGAAGGUAGCUGGGAAAUACAAAGGAAAUGAUUAUAGCCAGUAUUCUCCCUGGUCAUGUGACACCAUCGGCUCCUACAUUGGAACCAAAGAUGCAAAACCCAAAGAUGUGGUGGCAGCGGGAAGUGUGGAAAUGAUGAAUGUGGAGAGUAAAGGAAUGAGAGAUCAGCGACUGGAUCUUCAGAGAAGAGCAGCAGAAACCAGUGAUGAUGACCUUAUCCCAUUUGGAGACCGACCAACUGUAUCUCGGUUUGGUGCCAUCUCUCGAACCUCCAAAACAAUAUACCAGGGUGCUGGUCCAAUGCAGGCCAUGGCACCUCAGGGAGCUCCCACAAAACCUGUUAAUAUUUCAGAUUAUAGUCCAUAUGGAACCCACGGUGGCUGGGGAGGGUCUCCAUAUUCAACUCAUCAAAACAUUCCUUCUCAGGGACACUUCGGUGAGAGGGAGAGAAUGUCCAUGUCAGAAGUGGCCAGUCAUGGAAAACCUCUUCCAUCUGCUGAGAGGGAACAGCUACGACUAGAAUUGCAACAACUAAACCAUCAAAUUAGCCAACAGACUCAGCUACGUGGGCUAGAGGCUGUUAGUAACAGGCUGGUGUUGCAGAGGGAGGUGAACACCUUGGCAGGCCAGUCACAGCCCCCACAACCACCUCCAAAGUGGCCUGGAAUGAUUUCAAGUGAGCAGUUGAGCUUGGAACUGCACCAGGUGGAAAGGGAAAUCGGGAAGAGAACCCGGGAACUGAGUAUGGAGAACCAGUGUUCCCUGGACAUGAAAAGCAAAUUGAAUACAAGUAAGCAAGCUGAAAAUGGACAACCAGAACCACAAAAUAAGGUUCCAGCUGAGGACCUUACUUUGACAUUCAGCGAUGUACCAAAUGGCUCAGCUUUGACACAAGAGAAUAUCAGCCUCCUGUCAAACAAGACCAGCUCUCUGAACCUGUCAGAGGACCCUGAGGGAGGAGGUGACAACAAUGACUCCCAGAGAGCAGGAGUCACACCCACUUCUGCUCCCUAAAUUAUGAAGAGUCCAACGUUUAUCUUUUGCUCCUGAUUAAUUUGUGGGGCAUAGGGGUAGGAGAACAGAUAACUUCUAAACUUUUUCUCUGAGAGUGGUCAGAGAAAUCAAGGAAAAGUAGCGGAGGCAAUGUGCACAAACACCACUACUAAAAACAAACCCUGCACAUAGUUCACAUUAAUGCAUUUUUUAAUUUAAAAAAAAAAAAGAAAAAGAAAAAGAAAAUUAGCAGUAUCUGCAAGCAAUUCAGAUUAAAUUUGUUUUUGUUCUGUGAAUGAACUUUAUUUUAAUAACUUUGGACGCCUUGGAUCCAGGGCUUUAAAAAAAAAAGAAGAUAUUAUAUAUACACUCUGUUUGAUUAAUUGUAUGAUCUUAAUGAAGUAGGUUUUUCUUGUAUUUUGGUAUUAUUACAUACCCAGUGUAUAAUUCCUUACCCCCAGUCCUAUCCAACGUUUGCAAACCCCAUAAAUUAAAACAGACAGAAAGCACCAGACUGUGAGAAUUUGGUGGUGCUUGAGAAACAGAGAGACAGUAGUAGACUAGUUAUUAGAAAAUGUGCAGCAAACCAACUUUUCCAAGAGCUAUUACUUGAAAGUCAUAAUUUUCUUUCUCUUUCUGGUUACUGGCCUCAUAUGUAUGUUUUUCAUAUGGCACUAAAACUUUUAGUUUUCGCCUUUUCAGAGAGUUAAUUACCAAUUAACUUUUUGGUCCUCACUUCCAUAUUAAGGAUCCAUGUCAUUCUCUUAAUGUAAUCAGAAAGUCAGGCCAAUAUUAUAGGCUCUUUGAUUAGUUUAAAUGGAGAUGAUUUUAAGAAUGAACUGUAACUUACUAGUACUGAAAAUACAUGGUCAGUGUAUUACCUGUACUAAGCGGAUGGUUGGAAAUUUGGAGCUGUGCUUUUUCAAAUUAAACUUCCUGCUAAAAUCAUAAAAUGUAUUAAAAAAAAUCAACCAUGUUUUAAAACUGCAACACUUGACUUGAACUGAAAAUGAACAGUCAUGUUAUUUCAGUGGAUGUUUUUAUUUUGUUUUACUGUCAAAACCCAAAAGUAUAAAAUCACAUGAAAGCCACUGGCUUUCAAGUAGAUUUGGCAAAUACAGACUGCCCAGAUCUUAAGGAUAGUUAUGAAUUGACUGGGUGUUGUUCAGAAUCAUUGGCACCAUUAGGUCGUAAAUAUCUAAAAGUCAGUUUUCUUAGACUUGACUUUACAGUAGUGAAGAGAUUCUUCGUAAAAGUGUUGAAAAGAAUAAGGAAGAAUUUUUUUAAUUUAGUUCUGCUGCACAUAUUCUGAUGCCGUGUGUCUAUACUGAACUAAGACCCUCUAGAACAUGUUUAGUGGGGAUUAUUUGAUGUAGUCACCCUCCCCAUCCCUCCGUUUGCCUGAUUUUUUAAAACUUUCCCUUUCUGGACUAUACUACUAAAACAGAAAGCACUGGUUAUGUAAUAAGUUACUGCAUUGCUUUGGUUGGGUAAAAGCAAGAGUUUGUAUUUUUCUUGUUUCUUAUUUUCUUAACCCUUAACUCCUGCUGAGGUCAUAACAACCUCAGUGUAAGCUCUGUGUCCAUCAUACUGUUAACUGAAACAAAUGGGGGGG